UCGCAUCCCAGGAGCGAGCAGAGCCAGAGCAGGAUGGAGAGGAGACGCAUCACCUCCGCUGCUCGCCGCUCCUACGUCUCCUCAGGGGAGAUGAUGGUGGGGGGCCUGGCUCCUGGCCGCCGUCUGGGUCCUGGCACCCGCCUCUCCCUGGCUCGAAUGCCCCCUCCACUCCCGACCCGGGUGGACUUCUCCCUGGCCGGGGCACUCAAUGCUGGCUUCAAGGAGACCCGGGCCAGUGAGCGGGCAGAGAUGAUGGAACUCAAUGACCGCUUUGCGAGCUACAUCGAGAAGGUUCGCUUCCUGGAACAGCAAAACAAGGCGCUGGCUGCUGAGCUGAACCAGCUGCGGGCCAAGGAGCCCACCAAGCUGGCAGACGUCUACCAGGCUGAGCUGCGAGAGCUGCGGCUGCGGCUCGAUCAACUCACCGCCAACAGCGCCCGGCUGGAGGUUGAGAGGGACAAUCUGGCACAGGACCUGGCCACUGUGAGGCAGAAGCUCCAGGAUGAAACCAACCUGAGGCUGGAAGCCGAGAACAACCUGGCUGCCUAUAGACAGGAAGCAGAUGAAGCCACCCUGGCCCGUCUGGAUCUGGAGAGGAAGAUUGAGUCGCUGGAGGAGGAGAUCCGGUUCUUGAGGAAGAUCCACGAGGAGGAGGUUCGGGAACUCCAGGAGCAGCUGGCCCGACAGCAGGUCCAUGUGGAGCUUGACGUGGCCAAGCCAGACCUCACCGCAGCCCUGAAAGAGAUCCGCACACAGUAUGAGGCAAUGGCGUCCAGCAACAUGCAUGAAGCCGAGGAGUGGUACCGCUCCAAGUUUGCAGACCUGACAGACGCUGCUGCCCGCAACGCGGAGCUGCUCCGCCAGGCCAAGCACGAAGCCAACGACUACCGGCGCCAGUUGCAGUCCUUGACCUGCGACCUGGAGUCUCUGCGCGGCACGAACGAGUCCCUGGAGAGGCAGAUGCGCGAGCAGGAGGAGCGCCACGUGCGGGAGGCGGCCAGUUAUCAGGAGGCGCUGGCGCGGCUGGAGGAAGAGGGGCAGAGCCUCAAGGACGAGAUGGCCCGCCACUUGCAGGAGUACCAGGACCUGCUCAAUGUCAAGCUGGCCCUGGACAUCGAGAUCGCCACCUACAGGAAGCUGCUAGAGGGCGAGGAGAACCGGAUCACCAUUCCCGUGCAGACCUUCUCCAACCUGCAGAUUCGAGGGGGCAAAAGCACCAAAGACGGGGAAAAUCACAAGGUCACAAGAUAUCUCAAAAGCCUCACAAUACGAGUUAUACCAAUACAGGCUCACCAGAUUGUAAAUGGAGCGCCGCCGGCUCGCGAAACCAGCCUGGACACCAAGUCUGUGUCAGAAGGCCACCUCAAGAGGAACAUCGUGGUGAAGACCGUGGAGAUGCGGGAUGGAGAGGUCAUUAAGGAGUCCAAGCAGGAGCACAAGGAUGUGAUGUGAGGCAGGACCCACCUGGUGGCCUCUGCCCCGUCUCAUGAGUGGCCCGAGCAGAAGCAGGAUAGUUGCUCUGCCUCUGCUGGCGCAUUUCCCCAGACCUGAGCUCCCCACCACCCCAGCUGCUCCCCUCCCUCCUCUGUCCCUAGGUCAGCUUGCUGCCCUAGGCUCCGUCAGUAUCAGGCCUGCCAGACGGCACCCACCCAGCACCCAGCAACUCCAACUAACAAGAAACUCACCCCCAAGGGGCAGUCUGGAGGGGCAUGGCCAGCAGCUUGGGUUAGAAUGAGGAGGAAGGAGAGAAGGGGAGGAGGGCGGGGGGUACCUACUACAUUGCCCUCCACAUCCCUGAUUCCUGUUGUUAUGGAAACUGUUGCCAGAGAUGGAGGUUCUCUCGGAGUAUCUGGGAACUGUGCCUUUGAGUUUCCUCAGGCUGCUGGAGGAAAACUGAGACUCAGACAGGAAAGGGAAGGCCCCACAGACAAGGUAGCCCUGGCCAGAGGCUUGUUUUGUCUUUUGGUUUUUAUGAGGUGGGAUAUCCCUAUGCUGCCUAGGCUGACCUUGAACUCCUGGGCUCAAGCAGUCUACCCACCUCAGCCUCCUGUGUAGCUGGGAUUAUAGGUUCGAGCCACCAUGCCCUGCUCAGAGGGUUGUUCUUCUAGACUGACCCUGAUCAGUCUGAGAUGGGUGGGGACGUCCUGCCACCUGGGGCAGUCACCUGCCCAGAUCCCAGAAGGACCUCCUGAGCGAUGACUCAAGUGUCUCAGUACACCUGAGCUGCCAUCCAGGGAUGCCAUCUGUGGGCACGCUGUGGGCAGGUGGGAGCUUGAUUCUCAGCACUUGGGGGAUCUGUUGUGUACGUGGAGAGGGAUGAGGUGCUGGGAGGGAUAGAAGGGGGCUGCCUGGCCCCCAGCUGUGGGUACAGAGAGGUCAAGCCCAGGAGGACUGCCCCGUGCAGACUGGAGGGGACGCUGGUAGAGAUGGAGGAGGAGGCAAUUGGGACGGCGCUAGGCAUACAAGUAGGGGUUGUGGGUGACCAGUUGCACUUGGCCUCUGGAUUGUGGGAAUUAAGGAAGUGACUCAUCCUCUUGAAGAUGCUGAAACAGGAGAGAAAGGGGAUGUAUCCAUGGGGGCAGGGCAUGACUUUGUCCCAUUUCUAAAGGCCUCUUCCUCGCUGUGUCAUACCAGGCCGCCCCAGCCUCUGAGCCCCUGGGACUGCUGCUUCUUAACCCCAGUAAGCCACUGCCACACGUCUGACCCUCUCCACCCCAUAGUGACCGGCUGCUUUUCCCUAAGCCAAGGGCCUCUUGCGGUCCCUUCUUACUCACACACAAAAUGUACCCAGUAUUCGAGGUAGUGCCCUAUUUUACAAUUGUAAAACUGAGGCACGAGCAAAGUGAAGACACUGGCUCAUAUUCCUGCAGCCUGGAGGCCGGGUGCUCAGGGCUGACACGUCCACCCCAGUGCACCCACUCUGCUUUGACUGAGCAGACUGGUGAGCAGACUGGUGGGAUCUGUGCCCAGAGACAGGACUGGGAGGGCCCACUUCAGGGUUCUCCUCUCCCCUCUAAGGCCGAAGAAGGGUCCUUCCCUCUCCCCAAGACUUGGUGUCCUUUCCCUCCACUCCUUCCUGCCACCUGCUGCUGCUGCUGCUGCUAAUCUUCAGGGCACUGCUGCUGCCUUUAGUCGCUGAGGAAAAAUAAAGACAAAUGCUGCGCCCUU